CACGACUGAGGAUGAAUCGCCAGUUUUCGUUUUUAUCACUCAUGGAGGAAUAUGUGAAAGAUGACAAGUAAAACUGGAUAUACCUGUUGGCGGUUGGUCUGGGCAUUCUUCUUUGUAACAUGUAUUCUGUUUGAUUGGACGGGUGCUCUGACGUGUUGGCACUGCAUAGCAAGGGACUGCGACACCAACCCGUCAGACAACUACAAAGCUAUCAAGAAACCGUGCCUUCCACAACAACACUGCCAAAAGGUGUAUUUCGAGAUGUACAGUAACUUUGACCAGAAGAAGUACACAUCGACAGUGCGGAGCUGUGCGGAGGAGUGUAUACCACAGGACGAUUUCCAGAACUGCACCCAGGAUCUGUUCAUGACCCGCGGCUGUAGGAAGAAAACGUGCUGCGCCAACAAGGACCUCUGUAACUCAGCGUCCACAUUCCAACAGCCUUUUGUACUGAUUGCAGCAGUGUUCGUGUACUCACUGGUGCUCGUUGCCCCGAAUCUGUGAUGGUGGGGGAAUUAUACACCGUGAGUGAUGGG